AUGAAAUUGGCCAUUUUAAAUGGAAAAAAAUGGGCUUAAAUUUCAAAAUAGUUAAAGUUACAGAGAAGUGAAAAUAAUGUAAAAAAUAGAUUUAAUUGUCUAAUCAGAAAAGAAAAAAAUAAUAAAGUUUAAACUUUGUCUAUUUAAGAAAGUGAUUGUGAAGCAUAAGAUUCUUUUUUAUCUGACCCUUCAGCUGAAGAAUUAAGUUUAGAGGAAUAAAGAAAUAUAAAUUAAAUUAUUAAAAAAAUUGAAUGGAGAAUGAAAUAAGACGGAGGUGAACCAUAUGAUAUUAAAUAAGAAGAUUUUGAUUAAAUUUCAAAGAAGAUUUCAUCUAUCCGUUAAUCAAAAAAUAACAAUAGAUUAUAAUAAUUUGAAGAAUUAAAAUUAACUAAUAACAAUAUUUCUAAUUAAAAUAUCAUUAACAAUAACUUAAACUGUGAUAAUAAUAAUAAUAAUAAUAAUAAUAAUAAUAAUGAUAAUAAUAAUGAUAAUAAUGAUGAUAAUAAUAAUAAUAAUGAUAAUAAUAAUGAUAAUGAUAAAUAACCUCUAGAAAAUACUAAUAAUAAAUAAUAAUAAUAAAAUACAUUGACAUUAUAAAUUAUGGAUUUUAACCAAAUUUCCUAAGAUGAAUCUCUACAAUUAUCAACAUGUUUAAUUAAUAAAGAGAAAAAGAGAAUCUAUUUUACUACUUAAGAAUAAAUCUCAUAAUUUUUCAAGAACAUUUAAUAAAACAAUCUUAAUAAAGAUAUUAAUUAAGGAUUGUAUGGACAUUUAAGUAAUCCUAGUCUACCUAGUUACAAUAAUCUUUUAAGUAAUAUAGUUAUGAAUUAAAAUGUUGAAGAUCCCUCACAAUAAAAUUAAUUCUCUCAACAAGACAACCAACAUAGUGUAAAUUCUUACUUUCCAAUUUAUCCUUUCAAUAAUUAUUAAUAGUAAUAUUAAGGAUGUGCUUAAAGUAUAACAUCAAGAUCUGUCAUGAAUUUUCCAUCUAAUUUAAAUACACAUAAUUUUUAAUAAGUUCCUAAUUAUCUUGCAGGAUUUAAUUAUCAUGUUGCCUGUUAUCCUUAAUCAUAGUAUAAUUAACCUUUAUAAAAUAGUGAUAAAACAUAAAAAUGA